CAGGAUGACUACUCCAAAGAUGACCCAGCAGCCAGUCUCAUCCUCCACCGUUGAGCCUCAGCAGAUGACUACUCCAAAGAUGAUCCAGCAGCCAGUCCCACCUUCCACUGUUGAGCCUCACAGGAUGACUACUCCAAAGGUGGCAGUUGUGUGUAUUAUGGCGGUGGUGAUGUACUAUGUUUUCUGCAGGAUGAGGACAGCUGGGUACAGAGAGCAGGAUUCCAGCCCCGAAAGCGGUAUAAGGCUGCAGCCUGUCCCCACUAGGUCCACAGAAAGGAGUACAAGGUCCCUUGCAGCAUCAACAAGCCCAGAGGGUGACCCUGCAAAAGAUGGGGAGAAGAAGACUCGCUCCUACACGCGGGGUACCCCUCAGACUGUAAUCAUAAUGAAGCAGGAGGGCCAGAAGAUUGGGUUGUCCACUGUAGGUGGCAGUGAUUCCCCAAGAGGUCCGGAAUUCUUUGUUAAGGCUCUAGAUCCUCACGGACUAGCUGCAGCCUCUGGGUACAUAAAGAAAAAUGACAAAAUCAUUAGUAUUAACAGAAAACUACUAUGUGGACUUACACAUAAACAAGCCAUAGAUGCUUUCAACACCUUUAUUAGUGGAAGAAUGCUGAUUGAGAUUCAACAACAAACACAGGAAGAUGGACGACCACGACUCAAAUCCAGUGUAUGAAUCCAGGAAGAACUAUAACAAUUCAUAAUAUUGCAAAGGCAUAUCCAUUAGCAUUUACCUCAAAGAAUAUAGUUUCUGGCUUCCAUUGUAAUAGUAUUUGGCUGUUUAAUCCAGAUGUUUGAAGAAAACAUAAAAAUUAUUAUUAAUACUAGAUGAAAUUUGAUAAUAUUUUUGG